AUGGGCCGUUCGCGGAAAGAGCGCAGCGUCUCCCCGAUUCCCGCUGCUUCCCGCCUCUCCCCCUCCGCCGAUGCUUCCCGUGCGAAAGCGCGCCAGCACGACCCCAAGGCGCUUGCGCACGCGGCCCUGGCGGCGGUGACUACCGGCAGCGCUGGCGGCGCCAGCGGAAACUCCACCGCAAGGCACGGCGGCAGGGAGCGGGGAGACGCGCUGCGAGUGCAGAGCGGGAGCGAGCACCUCCGCGUGAACUCUCACGGCGUGAACAGAAGCCGCGUGGUGCCGGUUAACGCGUCGAUGAAUACGAGCGACUCGCCGGGCGCGCAUAACGGCUCCGCCUGCGCGGCGGAAGUCGUGGGCGGACGAUCAGGCGGCGGAGCACAAGAGGCGGAAGGAGAGUGUCGGCCGCGCGCGGCAGGAGGCACCACUGCUGGCGGAACCAGGACCGCCGAAACCUUGGACGGAGGCGGUGAUGGCGCAAGACCGAUCGCCCCAGGGAACGGGCUUGGGGCGGAGUUGGGCGUAGAAAUGGGGGAGGCGGCGGGCGGGGCGUUGGGUUUUUCCGCGGCCGGGCGGAACGCGGGAGGCAACAGUGCUGCGCAAGAUAGCGCGAACUUCCCGCCCGAGGAAGCGGCUGCAGGCGGAAUGGGCGCAGCAGCGGCUCCUGCGGGGACCGCGCGGAAGAGCAGCAGCGCCGGCUCUACGAUCAGCGGCGGAAACUCCGCGCGAGUGAGGCGCAGCCACGACAAGAAAGGGGUAUCUGCCACGUCAUCAGGCGGCUCGACGAGCAACCCGUCUCUCCGUGGAGGCGAGAGCAGGAGUCGAGCCGCCAAGGGACACGUACACGUCGCCUCCAGCGGCCACGUCGCCGGGGAUGGCGGCGGGGAUGGCGGCGGAAGUGGCGGAGGCAGCGGCUGCUCAAGCCCGCUGACUGCGAGCGCGCUUGCGAGGCUUCCCGGCGGCGAUGUAAAGCGCGGCUCGUCGUCGCGGCAGCAGAAGCAGUCGCGUCUGCUACAGGAGGUGGAGGAGUGGCUCCAGUCCGCCUCCCCCGCCACCCCCGCGGAGGCGGAAGCCGCCGCCGCCGCCGCUGCGGCGGCCAUGGCGGCGAGCCGGGAAGGGGAGUGGCGGAAGCAGGAGGCGCGGGAGGCGGGGGAGGGGAGCAGGGAUGGGGGGAAGGAACGGCAGGGGCGGGGUAGCGAGCGAGCGAGAGAGAGGGCAGGGGGGACGGAGUACGGAUCACGUGCGAAAGAGAAGGGAAAGGAGAGGGAGAGGGGUAAAGAGCGAGUGAGGGAGCGAGUACGGGAGGAGAGAGGGGACGAGGGGAGAGGAGGGAGAGAGAAGGAGAGGGAACGAGAGGAGAGGGGAGUGGUUGCGGCGGCGGCAGGGAGGAACAGCUUGGCAGAGAACAAGAAUGGCAAUGGGAGAGGCAACGGCAAGGGGAGCAACCAUGAGAGUGGCAGUGGCUGCAGUAGCAACAGCAACAACCACAGCCACAGCCACAGCCAGCCUGCGCAACAACUGAUGCAAUCAGCGCAGACAGCGCAGCCAGGGCAAGGGGGGGCGGAAACCGCAGGUGGAUUGGGGGAGGCGGGGAAGGAAGGGGGGAAGAAUGGCGGAGCGGGAGCUGGCGAUGGCGCGGUGGGUGGCGGCAUUUGGCAGCUUGUGCGGGAGGACGGGCAGGAGCACAGCCCGGUGUCGACACUGGACUUCAGUCAGGCUGCUCGGCCGGGUGGAGAGGCAGAGCCCGAGGGGCGAGAAGUGCCGACUAUACCGCCCGUGUCCGCCUCUGUGUCGUCCGUGCGGCCAUCCAAGAUCGUGGUGCUGCCAGGAGACAUGAUGCCCCGGGUGCGGCCUUCCAAGGAGGACGGACCACCGCAUCCGCAUGCACUUGCUGAUGAUCCCUCCUCCUCCUCCGGCAGCACCGGGGCUGGUGGUGCAGCAGUCAGCUGCUCGGACCAACCGGGGCACGGAACACCGGGCAUGGGCUCUGGAAUUACCAUGGGCGCGAGUGGAGGCGCAUGCAUGCAGUCAGGCGCUCCCAUGCACGCGAACAGCACGAUGGGGGGCAUGGGAGGAAUGGGAGGAAUGGGAGGAACGGUGGCCAUUGGAGGCAUGGAUGCAGAGGGCAUGGAGCAAGAUCUAGACUAUGUGCGUCACAUCCUCAUAGCAGCUGGCUUUGCUGGUCCUCGCCUCCCCCCGCUCCACUCCCAAGACCGCCCCAUCCCGCCGCACAUCUUCCCUCACUUGGAAUCCAGCAUCGUUGCUGCUGCGUCCCCUCGGCCGCUGCCGUCUUCAGCAUUCCCCCCCGGAAGCACACAGGCGGAGGCGGAGCAUGCGAAGAGAGCGGAGGAGCGACGGCAGCGGCGACUGCUAUUUGACGCUGUGAAUGAGGCACUGGGCAGACGGCUCGGGCCUUAUGUGGAGCUUCCGGUCUGGGCGGAGGGGUUACGGGAGCCGCUGGUGCGGCCGCGGCCGGUGGGGCUGGCGCUGCUGCAGGAGGUGUGGGGGGAGAUCCACGACUGGCCUGUGGCGGCGUCGGAAGAGGUUUAUGAUAUUCUGGAUGAUGCGGCGAGGAGGGAUAUGGGGCGGGGUGUGGAUCGAUGGGUGGAUGUAAUUGAGGAGAUUGUGGGGGUGGUGAGGGAGGUGGAGGAAGCUGUGACGAUGCAGUUGAUUGGUGAGGUGGUUGGGGAGAUGACGGAUGUUGAGAGGCAGAGGAAGGCUCGGCGAAGGACUGCUUCUGCUGGCGGUGGCCCGUCAGGUGGUAGUGGUUCUGCGCCUGCUACCCCAACAAGGAGGCUUCUGAGGUCUAGUAGUGGGGGAGGGCUGUCGGUGCAGGAGUUGGUGGGAGGAAAGAAUGGAAACCCUUUAAAGGGAUUCCGGUGGCUGGGAAGAAGAGGGCUUUAG